AUGACCAUUCCACCUCCAUAUUUUAAUAGUGAUCCACAUUCGUUUGGCUUUUCGACAGCCAGGUCGAGAUGGCCAAAAAUUCUUCACACCGCAAUCGAUGACACGGCUUGCGAGAUCUCGAUUAGAGAAGAUAUUGAUGCGAAAACGGAAGGAGCUCAAAUUAUUGAGGAAAUCAACCAAUUGAUUGAGGAAAUACAAGCCAAUUCAUGUCUCACGCCUUUUUCGGACCUUUCUAUUCCAGGAUUAAGAUCCUAUAAUGAAACUUUGUCAAAAACUGGAGAGGUUACGUGGUUGACUGGCCCUUGGUUAUUCUGUGAGUGUUACCUGUACAGACGUCUGGAUACAAUUUUCAAAAAAAAGUCAAAGUGGCUACAUUUUGAUGUGUUUGAAAGGCUCAAGAGAGAAACAUUUAAGUCGUCGGCCCUUGGAAUAUACGAGCUUGCAAUUAGAUAUAAGCAGUUAAACAACCAAAUUCAAGUGAAAAAAGAUCAUGAGGUGGAUUUGGAGAGCUUGCAAUUGUUAUUUGAAGAAUUUGUUGAUAUUUCAUUGUGGGGUAAUGCUACCGACUUAUCGCUGCUAGCCAACGCAUCUCUAGAUGAUAUCAAAUCCGUUCAAGGCAAAGAGGCACGGGCAAAAUCGUCACAAAAUAUAUUGUGCAACGAUCUACCCCAAGCUUGGGACCGUCUUCGUUCUUUACCAUUGGCAAAAAGGCGGAUUGAUUUUGUUUUGGAUAAUGCAGGAUUUGAGUUAUUAACAGAUUUGAUGCUCAGCUUGCUGUUGCUGGAUACGAAACUCAUCGAUAAAGUGGUUUUACACUGUAAGUGUAGGCCAUGGAUGGUGAGCGAUACUAUGAUAAAGGAUUAUUAUAUUUUGAUCAACGAUCUAAAAGAUCCUUCUAUUUUUGGUCAGCACAGAAUCGAGUUGGAUUUCCUGGUUUCAAAACUGGAAAGUUAUAGAAUCCAAGGGAAGAUAGAAUUGCAAGAGUCGGAAUUUUGGACAGUGGAUCUAGAUUACUGGAAUCUGAGCCCUUCGGAGACCAAAUUUGGAGGGGCUGAGCUGUACAAGUAUUUUCAGAACUCCUGUUUAGUGAUUGUUAAAGGUGACCUGAACUACAGAAAAUUGACCGGAGACAGGCAUUGGCCAAGAGAUACUCCAUUUACCACAGCAAUCAAUACACUGGCAAGUUCAAAAAUCCAUAUUCUUGCAUUGAGAACGUGUAAGGCAGACGUGUGCGCAGGUUUGUCGCCAGGAAAGGACGAAGAACUCUCUCAGUACUGGAAAAGUCUAGGAAACGAAUACGGGGAAUUGUGGUGCUCGAGUGGAAAAUGGGCGGUCAUAUCAUACAGCGACGGUGAAAAGUGA